CAGAGAUAGACAAGGCCAAGGAGGGAGAGAUAUCAGGGGACGAAUGGAGAGAAGGGCAAACAGUUUGUAAGGCCUUUUGGGUCAGAGCGGACUGGAAGUGGGAUGAGAGGCCAUGAGCUGCAGGCUCUGACUUUCUGUUUGCUGUGGGUCAAGUAAAAAAGAAGAAAAAGGAAGGAUAAAGGAAAAAGAGUUGUUGUCAUAUCAAAGUGCUUGAUGGCAGUUACACAGGCUGUGCUCCCGUCCAUCAGCUCCUUCUCCAGCCUCGCUCACUCCAGCGACAACAUGAAAGUGUGGAAGUCUGAGGGCGGCUCUCUCCCUCUGGAUCCUCUUAGUAACAAACCCAGCAUCUCCGAGCACCUGCAGGUCUCGAAGCAGAUGACAGAGGAGCUCUUGGAUGACGACAGCCGGGCAUCUUGGGACAUUGAGUUUCUGCUGUCUGACUGGAGCAACCCCUCUCCUGACUUCGACCCUUCUCUGGAGAACAGUGAUCAGCGGCUGCCGCAGCUCGACCCACGCACUGCGUACCACGAGGUGGCUACGUUCAAGGAGCAACCAGGCCAGGAGUGUGUGCAGGUGAGCAGCGGCAGUUUCGUGGCAGAGCUCUUGUCCCCUGCUCAAACCACAAUAGUCCAUCCAGAGCUGUACCACCAUUAUAGUGAGGAGCAAACAGGUCGGACUCCAGCUCCCAGUCUAGCUAACGUAGAUCAGUUUGGCUUCCUGCAAGACGGCAGAGGAAACCACAAUAAGGCCUCAUCAUGGGACUAUAACUCCUACUGUUCCCAGCAACACCCGUCCAUGGUGACGUUCCCCGACAGCAGGUUCAUCUCAUCUCAAGCUGUGACCUCUGACCCCCGACACUACAGCUACAUGCCCGGCUUCAGCCACAACGCCAACCUUUUCUGUGACUACACCCACACCCAAGCUGCCGGUCAUCUGCCCCAUCACCAGCAACCCCUGCUGGUGGGACCCCAGCUGCCCCCUGCUGGGGUGGAGGGGAAGCGUGGUCGGAGGGCCACAGGGAAAAAGAGGCCCGCCAUCCACAGCUGUGAAUACCCCGGCUGCAGCAAGACCUACACCAAGAGCUCACACCUCAAGGCUCACCUUCGCACACACACAGGGGAAAAGCCCUACCAAUGUUCAUGGGAGGGAUGCAACUGGAAAUUUGCCCGCUCGGAUGAGCUGACGCGUCACUACCGCAAGCACACAGGCCAGAAACCCUACGAGUGUCUGCUGUGUCAGAGGGCCUUCUCCCGCUCCGACCACCUGGCUCUGCACAUGAAGAGACACACUUGAAGCCCACACACACACACACACACACACACA